CACAAAGAGUGAACAAACAGUAAGAGUCUCAGAGCUGACGCGGCAGCAGAGCGCUGCGCUCCGUCUAUAUGGAUGUUUGAUGAGAAGGAAACACUCAGCUAGAGAAGUACAGAGGUUUGGAGCGGACUGCGCGUGUGGCCGGGCUGCGGUGAAUCCCUGCCGGGCACGGCGUGAAUGGGAUUACGCCGCCGCUCAGGGUCUCCUGUUGGUGCUGCUACUGCUGCUGGAGGAAACAUGCGCCUACAGAGUUUUCCGGUCCCCCCACUCCUGCUGCUGCUGACUGGGUUCUGCAGCGGCACAAGUUUCCCAAGUAACAUCAACAUAGGAGGCCUUUUUCCCACGGGUUCCCAUGAGUACGAGGUGUUUCGCUUCGCCCUGGCGCAGCAUCAGGACGUCCCCAAACUGGUGCCACAGGUGGACAUGGUGGACACCGGGAGCAGUUUUGCCAUGACUUACGCUUUCUGCUCCCAGUUCUCUAAGGGCGUGUACGCCAUCAUGGGCCUUUACGACCGGAGGACCGUAAACAUGCUGAUGUCUUUCUGCGGCUCUCUGCACGUGUGCUUCGUCACGCCGUCCUUCCCUGUUCAGACCAACAACCAGUUUGUCCUGCAGCUGCGGCCCCAGCUGCAGGAGCCCCUCAUGGCCCUGUUGGAGCACUUCUAUUGGACCAGGUUCGUCUACAUGUACAGCUCCGACUCAGGUCUGACGGUGCUGCAGAGGAUCCUGGACACUGCAGCAGAGCGCAGUUGGCAGGUCACCUCCGUUAACUUGGACACAAUGACAGAAGGGACCUUUGUUAAGCUAUUGGCUGACCUUGACUACAAGAAGGACUUUCAGGUCAUCAUUAACUGUGAGCUGGAACGACUGAACUACAUUCUCAACCUGAUCGCAGCACAAAAAAGAAACUUGAAGAACUACCAUUUCAUCCUGGCCAACCUGGGUUUUCUGGACCUGAACAUCACAGAAUUUCAGAAGCUAGCUCCAAAUGUGACAGGCUUUCAGCUGGUAAACCGGACCAACCCAGCUGUAGAGAAAAUCAACCAAGAGUGGAUGGGUUUUGACAGCAAAGACCUCAAACUGACACGGAAGAGACUCAAGUACACAGGAGCUCUGACAUAUGAUGGCGUCAACGUCAUGGUGAAGGCUUUCCAGAACCUGCGACGGCAGCGCAUUGACAUCUCUCGGCGUGGUAACGCGGGGGAGUGUCUGGCCAACCCACCAGCUCCAUGGGGACAAGGCAUCGACAUCCAGAGAGCUCUGCAGCAGGUUCGUCUUGAAGGACUGACGGGUCACGUCCAGUUUAAUGAGCGAGGACAUCGCACCAACUACACUCUGACUGUGAUGGAGCUCAGCCUCAAGGGGCCCAGGAAGAUUGGCUACUGGAAUGAGAAAAGGGGCUAUGUGAAUACAGCCGUGUACAGGCCGCUGACGGAGGAGAUAUUUGGUCUGCUGAACAAAACCUACGUUGUUACCACCAUACUGGAAGCUCCCUACAUGAUGCUGAAGAAGAACCACGAGCAGUUUGAGGGAAACGAGAAGUACGAAGGCUACUGUGCUGAACUAGCCGCCGAGAUCGCCAAACAUGUUGGCUUCACCUACAGGCUUGAGCUGGUGGGCGACGGAAAGUACGGCGCCAGAGACCCGGAGUCGAAGAUGUGGAACGGCAUGGUGGGAGAACUGGUCUACGGGAAGGCAGACAUGGCCGUCGCUCCACUGACCAUCACUCUUGUCCGAGAGCAGGUGAUCGACUUCACCAAACCCUUCAUGUCUCUGGGAAUCUCCAUCAUGAUCAAGAAACCAACCAAAUCCAAACCUGGCGUCUUCUCCUUCCUCGACCCGCUGGCCUACGAGAUCUGGAUGUGCAUCGUUUUCGCCUACAUCGGAGUCAGCGUAGUGCUCUUUCUGGUGAGUCGUUUUAGUCCCUAUGAGUGGCAGGCCGAAGACUCCGAUGAAGAAGAUGAAACUGUUCUGUCGUCAGCGUCUCGACGAGCUCCACCGACUUCAUCUUCUGAAGACCCCCACUCUCCAGGUUACUCUCAGACUCAGAAUCAGAACCAGAACCAGCAGAAAGAAAAAGAAGCUCCUGAACACAGCAAUGACUUUGGGAUCUUUAAUUCCCUCUGGUUCUCCCUCGGGGCCUUCAUGCAGCAGGGCUGUGACAUCUCCCCCAGGUCUCUCUCAGGUCGAAUUGUCGGAGGGGUGUGGUGGUUUUUCACCCUCAUCAUCAUCUCGUCCUACACAGCCAACCUGGCAGCUUUCCUCACCGUGGAGAGGAUGGUGUCCCCCAUAGAGAGUGCAGAAGACCUGGCUAAGCAGACCGAGAUCGCCUACGGUACACUUGACGGCGGUUCUACCAAAGAGUUCUUCAGGAGGUCAAAGAUCGCUGUGUUUGAGAAGAUGUGGUCAUACAUGCGUAGUGCAGACCCGUCCGUGUUCGUGAAGAACACCAAUGAAGGGGUGAUACGAGUCAGGAAGUCAAAGGGGAAGUACGCCUACCUGCUUGAGUCCUCCAUGAAUGAAUACAUCGAGCAGAGGAAACCCUGCGACACCAUGAAAGUAGGAGGAAACCUUGACUCUAAGGGUUACGGAGUGGCCACUCCAAAAGGAUCGCCCCUCAGAAUCCCAGUAAACCUAGCAGUACUGAAGCUCAAUGAACAAGCCGUCUUAGACAAGUUGAAAAACAAGUGGUGGUAUGACAAGGGGGAGUGUGGACACAAGGACUCCGGCAGAAAGGACAAGACGAGCGCGCUCAGUCUUAGUAAUGUAGCCGGAGUGUUCUACAUUCUGAUUGGUGGACUUGGGCUGGCCAUGCUGGUGGCUCUGGUUGAGUUCUGCUACAAGUCUCGGAUUGAAUCCAGGAGGAUGAAGGAGCUCAUCGACGCGGCCAUGAUGAGUACCAGCCUCGGCGGGAUGGCAGGUGGAGUCGGGGGUGUCGCAGCGGCAAGUUUGAGCGGAGGAGGAUCAGGACGAGGGGGAGAGAACGGGCGCGUGGUGGCGCACGAUUUCCCGAAAGCUGGAGCUCAGGGUUUACCCUGCAUGAGCAAGGCAGCAGGGCGUGGACUCUCUUCCACGGGCAUGUGACGCAAACCCAGCCCGCUGAUUGGACACAGUGCUUAUGGCUUUUGGCUAGUUGGGUAAGGAGAGGACAGAAGGGUAUAUGGGUGGGUUUCAGGACAAGAUGAGACGAGGACAAGGGGAGAGAAGUGGAUUAAGUAGGGAAACUGAAAUUAAAGAAUAUGGUGAAAAUAUUGGGAGAAAAUAUUGAGAAAAGGGAAGGUGUAAACAUUGAAACAGGUUUAGAAAGCAGGCAACCUGAAGGAUGUUCAUGUUCACCUUAAAUGGCCCGAAUGCAGCCGAACUCUAAUGAACUGAGAGCACCUGAACACGCCACCUGAGCUGAAUGAAGCUCCUGUAAGCAGCUGGGCUCAACAGCAACAUUAACUGCAACUCCUUUUUCUACGUGCACUGUCUUAUACUGAACUCCUUCUCUUCUGCAAUAACAGGACCUGAGGGGGAGGGAUUUUUUUAAGCUUCAUAAUGGCUGAAUUAAUGCACUGUCUCUUCCCGCCCGUUGAAUCUCUCUCCAUGCGCUGGGUGAGAUCCAAACACAGAGCUGUCUCACGUUCACGCUUAACAACACGCUUCUGAGCCGGAGAUGUCUGAGCAUGUGAACAUUUGAAAUGUUUUUUUUUUACUCGGAAACACAGACUGUGAGGUAAAACCUGAAGAAAACGCUGAUCCUCUGAUCAGACGGCCGCCUCUAUGAUAAUGUCAUAGUUAAGCUGCGACAAACUUGUUGAAUAUUUGAUUUUUUUUUCUAUUGUGUUUACAUGGAUAAAGGUAAGCCAGAUACAAACAUUUCUAAAGCCUGAUUUUAUAUGGAAACAUCAUAACAUGGCAUCGCUGGUCAUAGUGAAAAGGAGGUUUUGUGUUAAAGAUUUGAAAUAACAGGAACUAAUAUAAGUAAUGUGGUCAUCCAGAGGUUGUAAAACACAGAGUUUGUAUUUAUUUAAAUAGAACUAAUAAAAAAUAUGCAGAAGUUGUUAAUAAUUUAACCACUUUAAGCAGCAAUCAAUCUUAUUAGUUGUUGUUUGACGUUAUCGGGUUUCUCACAUCGUUGUGGAGAAGUUUUGGUUCGCCAUUCUUUACAACGUUGCAUCACUUCAUCAAUGUUAGCGGAUAUUCGUUUCUGCCCAGCUCACUAACUGUGCCACUGCAGCAUUUCAAGCAUUUUGAUGACUGGACUUGGACUGGGCCAUUUAAACACCUUCAUUCUGCUGCUGUGUUAAUUAAUUAAUUGUCCUGUUUAUAACUCAGCUUGGCCCGCAGUCCAGCUGUUGGACCGAUGGUGUCACAUGUAAUUCCAGAAAACCUACUUAUACAGAGGGGGUUGAUAGUCAACUCACUGACUCCAAGGUCCUCACCUCCUGCAGCUGCAAAGAAAAGCCCAUGUCGUCACCCUUUCACCACCAUGCGUGACAGUUAAAAUUCGGUGUUUGUGCCGAUUUCUUGUAUUCAGCUUUCACCAAACAUGGUGUGCUGCCCGCUAGCGGAAAUGUCUCCAUUUGUCUCAUUUAUACAAAGAACAUUAUUGCAAAAAAUUUGCAAUCUUGCAAAUCUAAGCCAUGCUGCCAUACUGUUUUUUGGGCGCAGAGAGUUGUCCUGCCAAAGCCUCUAACACUUAACCUGCUGACUCAGACCUGUAGACAUGGAGAUGGAGCUCUUGGGCUUUUGACUUUUCUCUGAACAUCGCAUGCUCCCAUGUUCUCUCUGCAAUAGGGUGACCAGUUCUGUGCCGCAUUUUUCACUCCUGUCCCAUAUUUGACUGGGUCAAAUUCUAAAACGUCUCCAACAAAACCUUCAACAGGUGCUUUUCCGAAAUGUAAAGAUGUCAGCGCUACAGUCAUCGUCGCAGAGCUGUGUUGGUUGUCAAUCAAAACCACGAAGCGGUGUCUGAUGUCAAGACCAAGCUGCGUCCGAUACUCGUGAAAUAAAACACACCAGGCAGAGGAUUUUAUUGUAUGUGGAAUAUAAAGGAAACUACGUGAAGGAAAAGGAAAAUACGGCUGAAACAAAGACUAUGGAUCGGUUUAUAACUGAGUGAGUGAAAGGGGCUUCUUGGAGAGCUUUUUGUGAAGAAUGCCAAAGUUAUUUUUCAAUUUCACAACGAGGGUGACCAUGAUGUGACGAUGUGAAUCAACACUGUAAAAGUGAGAAACGCAGAGCUGAAAAAAGCCUCCUGCCAGUUUAGGGAGACAUAUUUACUCAAACCCAAAGAUGCCUACCAGACAUACAAGGGAACAGCAGUCAAGUUAACUUCAAUAAUAUUUAACUGUACACAAAAGCUCUAAAACGUUUAAAAAGCGUUCGACUUUGUCGUGCGCUAACAGGCAAAGCAGAGAUUGAUUAAUGUAAUGCGAGAUCGGUGUGUUACAUUAACAUUUAUGACAUCAUUAUAGUGUUGUGUGUCUCGCAUUGUCCCCCAUAAGCAUCCUUGUUGUCCUACAUCUGGUCACCCUACUGUAGUAUGACAACCUCAAAUCUUUUGGAAAUAGCCUUAUAAGCCUUCUCAGAUUGAUAGGCACCACUUGCAUUUCUAAUUUUCUCAUUAACUAACUGACUUUUCUCAUUACUGAUGCCUUUCCACCUUGACUGAUGGGGAUCAGCCAUUCAGUGCUUUUGAUUCACUGUUGGCUGCUAAAUUAAAGAAAGAAGGAUGGACUUUACUCACUUCUUCAGCAUCUCACAAUCUGGAGGAAAAAAAAAACCUGUUCUCAGGCCACAUUUUUACAAGAAACCAUUAGGUUGAAAGAAAAGCUUACAGCGUUUUGACUCAUAAGACUGAAUUAUCCUGGUUUUAUACAGCUGCAGUUAAAAAAAAUCAGAAUUGUAGAUUAUUGGAGACAUUUUCUACUAAAGAACAGGAGCCAAACUGAACAAGUCAGUAUAUUUUAGAUUUUUAAGGGCUUCAGGCGAAAAGACAGAUUCACAACCAGUCAAAACUAAUUUCCUGUUCAGGUGUGGUGCUGGAUUCAACUGAUCAAAAUAAUAAAUAAUUAAUAAGUGAGAAAAGCAACGACUAAACCCCUAAGACCAAAGUGUCAUCAUCUUUAUUCACACGGCCUUAGUUGAACCGGUUUUUCCGGCAUUUUGUUUUACAGUAAAAUUAAAUAUUUCAUGUGUUACCGGAACACAAAAAUAACUAUUUUUUUCCUUAAACUAAAACAGUCUUGGCAUAAUCACCAUUGCUGUUGGUUUGUGGAAAACAAGCUGUUAAAAGAUGUUUCUGCUUUUCAUCGUGUGACUGAAAUGGUGAAUAACACCAAAAGGAUCUCAGAAAUGUGCUGCUUUAUGAAAUAAUAUGGCAAUUUUUUUUUUCUUUCUCCAGGCUUUUCUAAAAUUCUCCAGAAUUUAUACUAAAACAAAUCGCUGCAGCAGUGUUUUGUUUUACUCUGAGAUUGAACGGUCAGAAAUAAAAUGAUUGCAGUUAUUUGCCUUGGAUGAUAAAAGAAGUGUGUUUCUCUGCAUAAUGUUCUUAUUUAUAAGUCUACAUGCUUUUAAUUUUGCCAGUUACCAUUUAAUAAAAUCUUUAAUCAUAA